AUGUUCAAGACCAGCUACCGACAUGAGGUGCGCAAGGAGAAGCACGAGCGCUCCGAUGUCUCACGAGAGCCCAGCAGCCCAGAGGGGGCCUCGAUAGCCCACGUCCAGGGCUGGGAGAGCCUCCAGGACCUGAACAGCCGCUUCGCACGUUACAUCAACCGGGCGCGAGUGCUGGAGCAGCGCAAUGCUGUGUUUCGCAAACAGCUGGAGACUCUGCAGCGCAUGGAAGAGGUUCCAGGGCUGGAGGAGGCCUUCAGCGAGCAGAUCAGUGUCAACAGACAGCGCAUCAGGGAGCUGCUAUCGGAUCGAGCCAAGUUGGAGAGAGAGCUCAAAGAUGCAGAGCGCAUGCUAAAUGAGUACAACAGCAGAUACAGAAAUGAAUGUGAAUAUCAAGAGCAGCUGCGGCAAACGCUGGAACAGCUCAAUAAGGAAGCCGACACGGUUCUAUUGAGAAACCUUGAGUAUCAAAUCCAGCUGCAGUUCCUGCAAGAUGACGUCAACGCCACCAAAGAGAGGCACAAAAAGAACCUCGCCGAAAUCCAGACAUAUCUAAACAUCCUGCAUCAGAUCAACCAGACGAUUCCCCUCAUGGCGACCACGUCCGUCUCAGAGGACCAGGAGCGUCUGCUCGCUCAGAGGCGCGUGCCAGCGCUGCGCAGUCAGCUGGAGGAGUACAAGAGCGCCCUCUGCCAGCUCCAGGCGCAGAAACAGAGACUGCAGACCGAGACCGCUGUGUUGGAACAGACCAUCAAGACCACACAAGAGAGCUACGACGACGAGAUCCAGCUUUACAACGAACAAAUCGAGACCCACAGGAAGGAGAUCGAAGAGGCCGAGAGGUCACUGGAGAAAUACACCAACGACUGUCGACAGCUGGCCAUGUACCAGACCUCUCUGGAGAACGAGCUGGAGCGGUACAAGAGAAUCAUCGAGAACGAAGACAACAGACUGAACUCAGCGAUAAUUGGGACACCCAUUACUUUGCUCACAACCAAUUAUAAAUACAGCCAUAGUCCCAGCAUAACCAUGAAAGGAAAAGAUAUCACCCAAGUCAUCCAAGACAUCACCAGCGUAAAACCUCGUCAGAAGUACUUGGCUAAGAAAGUUAUUAAAAAGAAAGAGAUCACAUCCAAAGGAGCUGGAGCACUCAAGGAGAAGCAAGCAGAAGAAUAUGAAGAGGAAGUACUAAAGGAGCAGCAGGGGCUGGGAAAUGAGGAGCAUGCUCCUCGUGAGGAUGUGCCUGAUGGCGCCCAGAUCAGCAAAGCCUUCGACACGCUCUGUAACAUCAUACGCGGCCGCAUGAAGCGGGUACGGAGACCAGAGCCCAUCGCUGACUUCUUCACCAAGGGACGUUAUGUACUAGUGACAGGCGACUCUAGCUACCUGGACCCCUGCUUCUUUUCAACCACUCCUUCUGCCAGUCACAUCUACGUCACCAUCCAAGAUGGCAUGAAUCCUUAUGAUCCGUACUGGAGAGGUACACCCUCACCUGGACCAACACCCUUAACCCCUUCCACACCUUCAGAUCCAGAAAGGAAAAAAGAGGAUGGAGAGAGGAAGAAGGGUGGAAACGGGGAGAGGGAAAAGUCCAAAAAUGGAGAACCUCAUCCAAAGACGAAAGAACCAGAACCGAGCCCCAGUCCACCGCCAGGCCCCCCUCCAGGUCCCAGGCAGCCCUCACCCCAACGUGGAGGCAAGAGCAAGAACCCGGACGACCUCGGCAGCUUCCGAAACCCUCCUCCCAUGCCAUCGCCCAGUUCCAUUCCCCCUGAUUCCAUGACUUACGAGAAGGUAGAAGUAGUGGAGUCGGUGGAGAAGAUCUCACCUGAUAAAAAAGUGAAGGGCUACGAAGAGACAACCACAGUGGUGGAGACCAUGAUCGAGAAGACCAGCAGAAGGAAACACGCCGAUAGGUCUUCUUGAGACCACUCAAACAUUCCGCACUCUCUAUCCAUUCCUGCCUCGGAGCUGCUUUAGGUUUUGCCUCAUGCCUGCUGUUGACGAGAUUCCUUUUAACUUCCUGCACCACUGCCUUUGGCCUUUACUGUCUGAAAACUUGGGAAGCCAAAAAUAAAACGCCCCAUAUUCUCCCUUCACACAAAAACAAAUUUGGUAACUAAGAACCUUGAUACAGAAAACUUUAACUGCCAGUCUUAAUUGGAUUCACAGGCUCUAUUCCAAAACCUAGAGAGCCUUCUAGGGCACCAUCCUUACUGAAACUAAACUUUUUAAGUGACUUAUUUGGAACAUUCUUC